AUGGUAUCCUCCAAAGACGCCGAGAUCUUCCGCGAAGAUGCCCGUCUUCGAGGCAAAAAGCUCACUCCCGCCGAGCGCGAAAAGCUGCUGCAGCCCUACCUGCCAGAACCUCCAUCAUCAGACAUGAAAUCAAAAACGAGCAAAUCAAAAACAACGAAAUCGAAACAAAAAUGCAAAUCCACACCAAUCAGGACAUUUCUUAAGCAGCAGACCAUUGCCGCCGUGACGGAUCGGGUGUUGGCGGUUACAUAUUAUCAUCACCGCUCGCCGGAGCUGAUUGCGAGAGAUGUGAAGGGCCUGAGUCGAAUACCGGAGCAUUUGAGCGUGUUGCUCAAACUGCGCAAAAGGGAGGAAGAUGCCCUGCAGACGCUGAUGGACGAGACGGCCGAAUUGGCUGCGUGGACGGUGUGCGCCGGAAUUCCGGUGUUGAGCGUUUACGAGAGGACUGGCAUCCUAAAAUCAUACAUCCCCUCCCUCCACAAAACCAUCUCCGACAAACUCGCCCUCUACUACGGCUCCCCCUCGCACCAACCUCACCUCCGCAUCUGCGCUCCUCACCACACCUCCUACGCCCCUCUCAGCCUCCAAACAUCGAAAAGCAAAGCGCAAAAGAAACUAUCUCUCACCCUCCUUUUACUCUCGCACUCCGACGGCCGCGAAACCCUCGUCGACCUCACAAAGACGCUAACCGAAAUGGCUCAAUCCGGCAAACUGUCCGCCCACGACAUAAGCACAAAACUUAUCGAUGCAGAAAUUAGUGAAUUGACCACUUGCCAAUCCUCUUCUUCAACUUCUCCUUCCCCUCCACCAGUUCUAGUCGGUACAUCCUCCAUAUCAGCGCGAAACGAAUCCUACAGCAGCGACGAAAUGGAAAUGUUACCACCCACCUUAUUCACAGCCAUCAAACCCGAGCCAGAUCUCCUUAUAAUAUUCAAUCCAAUCGUCAAACUAGAUGGCUAUCCGCCAUGGCAAGUCCGACUCACAGAGAUAUUCUGUACGGGCGAUAAGACGAGUAGUAUUGCCGCGGGUCGAGAAGAGGUGGCCGUUGAGUAUCAGGCGUUCUUGAGAGGGUUGUGGAAGUAUGCCGGGGCCAGUUUUAGGUUUGGACGAUAG